AAUCCCAUUUCUAACGGCGAACGGUGACAACCAGAUGCAAUUCACUGGGCCUCUCGGGCUGCCCCUUCUCUUCCUCAGAAAAUUCCCUUUCCCCGCAGGGCGUAGUUGCAAUGUUGGAGCUCGAAGCUUGAAGCCUCAGCCCUCCAUCGUAUUCUUCCACUGAACCGUAUCUGAAGAAGAACCCGCCAAUACUCCACAUAGAUGGAUUCUUACCAUCAUACUCACCAUUUCGCGAGGGCUCCUCCGCCACCACCGCCGCCGUCCUCCUCCUCCGCUGCAGAUCCCUACCACUACCACCAGCAACCAUCGUUGAGGUCACCAGUUCCUCCGCAGGGUCCAUGGUUCCCCAACCAAUUUCAAUACCACCCUUCGCACUCUGCGUCGCCGACUCCUCCUCCUCCUCCUCCCUCGCAGUGGGGUCCGCCGGCGCCUCUUUCCGACCAUGCUCCGCCUCCUCCCGGUGCUUAUCCACCACCUCCUCAUCCUUAUACUUCACAACCUAUGCACCACAACCCAUUUCCGCCGCCUCGCCCUCUUAUGUUUCAGCACCUUCCUCCUCAUUCUCAGGUUCCACAGUCUUAUUCACAGGAAUGGAACAAUCCGAAUCGGGCUCCGCACCAAGGCUGGGAAUAUCGAGCCCAAGGCAAUGAAGAAGAUUGGGCCGCCAGAGCUAGGGCAUGGGCAGACGCGAAGACUGCAAUGGAGAGUCAGCAAUCUCAGUUUGCACCUACAGGAAGACUUGAAGAACAGAACUAUUAUCACGAUCAAAAUUUGCAACCAAUGAAUUCAAAUUAUCCAGAUAUGUCUCAUCAGCCUCUUCCUCCUACAACCUAUGAACAGUUUCCAGCUUCAGCCACAUCCGCCCACCCACCAGUAGCUCAUCACUUGGAGUCCUCACCUGUUGUUGUUAGCAGCGAACAAUCUUCUUAUCUUUCAGAUGGGCGUCCAACUUACUCUGUCGGUGAUUUUAGUUAUGGAGGCGACGUGAACUCUGCUUUACAUCAUCAAGGAAAGUUAUCCUCAAGUCCAUCGGUUCUUCAGCAGGAGGUACCUUCUAGUAAUUAUUCUGUUUCAGGUAAAGAAGAUACUGUAGAUCAAUAUGUUGAGUCGUUCAAAUCACUACCUCUGCAAAAUUCAUCAGUUCAUGAUGGACAGCAGCAUUUCCAACCAUCUACUCCUCUGCCCUAUGCAUAUGGCAAUGAGCCAGGGCCAGUUGGUCCCGUGAUCAAUAUUGCAGAUCAGCCUUUAGAUUUUGCUCCUAGGUUUAGUCAGGACCAUGGUCUAAGAGCGCACUCUGGCUUUGCUCGCAAUGAUUCAGCUGGAUCCACUAGAGGCAUUGAUCCUGGUGUCCCUAUGCCUUCCUUAAAUUCAUGGUCUUCUAUUGCUCCUGGCAUGGUUUAUCCACCAAUUCCUCCUAUGGCUUCAGGAACACAGCUUGAUCCUCCAGUUGCUGUAUCUUCUUCUGUUCCUGGACACACACCACCUCCAUUUGGAAGCUUUGCUGGUUCUAGCAUCACUCCUGCAAUUCCUACUGCUGCUACUCCAUUUCCUGGAGCUGCUCUUCCUCCCACAGUCUUAUCUGGUGAUGCGUAUGGCAUGUCAAAUAUGUCUGAACGUCCAAAAAAGGCUUCCGUGCCAAAUUGGCUCAGAGAGGAAAUCAAGAAAGCAGUGAUCACAAGUUCUUCUGCUGACCAUCCUAAGGAGGAUACAGAACUCAUGGAGGAACAAGUAGUUGACAAGUCUUUUGCAAAGGGAGAUCUAACUGAUAGUAAAAGUAUCGAUUCAUCUAGGUCAGCUGAAGAAGAAGAUGAUGAGGAUUUUGUGGAAGAAGCUAGAACUGCAGCAAUAAAUCAAGAAAUCAAGCGUGUGCUGACCGAAGUACUUUUAAAGGUUACUGAUGAACUGUUUGAUGAUAUUGCUACGAAAGUUCUUGAUGAGGAUGAUCUUGCUGUCGAAGCCAAGCUCAAUAUAGUCACUUCAAAUCAAAAUGUCUCUUCAUCUACCUUGCCAGUUUCUACUCCCAAAGCUUCUGCCAAGAUUUUGAUUCCAGUCAAAGUUCAGGAACCUGAUAAUGGUAAUACUAGUGAAAUGUCAGGUUCCAGCUCACCUGGAGAUUUACUUGGCCUUGGAAAUUAUGCUUCUGAUGAUGACGAAAAUGAUGAUAGAGAUGGUGAAAUUCAGAGUUCAAAUGUGCAAGAUGCAGUUAGAGAUGCUAGCACUCAAGGAAAUGUUAUAGCAAAUGACAUCAAUAAUGUUUCAACCAAUUCAGUUAAUGAAAUGAGUAAAAAAACAGGCUUGAAUAAGAUGAAUGGUGAUUGGGUGGAUGAAGAAAGGGGUCAAGAACAUUCAUUGAAGCCAAGCUCUAAAGGUAAAGAUAAAGAAACAAAACUUGGUGAUGGAACUGCCUCUGGGACAAAUGAUACUCCAGGCAUAGUAUCUGAACAGCAUGGAAAGAAUGUGAACGGUAAAAAAGGAUCUAAAGAUCCGCAAGAUGGGGAAACUAAAAUAAAACCACAUAGAAGUGGUAAGCAGGAGAGUAUGAGGGGUUCUUCAUUGAAAGAACGUGUUAAAGAAGAAGGGGAGGUAAAAACUAGGACAAACGAAAAAGCAGAUGAGAUUCGUCGGAGGCAAGAUACCAGGCACCUGAAGAAGGAAGAGUUAGAUAAUCAGAAUGUCCAAAAGGAAUCGUUGAAGGACCAAGGUGUUAAGUCUGGCGAGAAAGGUAAGGAUUCAGACUCUAGACACAGGUCUACGCAUCAUAAAAAGGAGGAAAGGAGAGAAGACAAGCUUCUCAGGGCUGGCACUAAAGAUGGUACUGAAAGGAAAAGGGAGUACACAAAAGACGAGGAAGGCAGAGCGAGAUGGAAAAUCUCAAGUGACUCAAGUAGACACAAGAGCAGCAGGGACAGAAAUAAAGACAAGGCAGUUGGUCAUAGUUCAAGUGAUGACUCAGAUGAUUCUAAAAGGAAGGUGAAUUCAAGAAAACGAGAGAAGUCCCCAUCUCCGGUCAGGUCUAAGAGAAGGUAUUGUAAUCCUGAAUCUCUAAUUCACUUUUGCAUCUUUGACAUUCCAGGAAGGUUUGACUGUUAUUUUCUUUUCGUGAUUAUGCUUGGUGGUUUGAUCAUUAUGAUCAAAAGUGAAGAUUAUAACGAUCAUGUAAGAAGUUAGGAGAAUACAUCUCUUGGAAAUUGGAAGAUAUGUCAACAUCACUGCCCUGUUUUCGAGUUUAUCAUUAACUGCAGGAGUUGAAAGGAAUCCUGUAAAUUAUUACUCCGUUUCUUUAUUUGUGGAUUGCCCAAUCCAUGCUCCUCCUUCACAUGGACUGAGGCUAUCUUUUAUGGUGUAUGCUAACAAAUAGUUUCUUGUUAAGUAUUACACUGCACGGAGGGCUGAGCAGCUCUCUUCUAAGCUUUUUGCAUGUUUAACUCACCAAAUCAGUAUAAUGGAUGCUUUCAUUUCUAGACAAGUAUCGCGGUCACCACAUAGCAAGCACUCUCAGCGCAAGCAUUCUCCCCUCUCUUCUCUUGAAACUACCAGGUAUGCCGCAAUAUCUCAUAGAUUAAGUUUGUGCAUGUGAUCUUAAGGACAUAUGCACACUCAUCCUCAUAACAGUAAGCUGCUCCAAUGGAUGCUUCAGAUUUUUUGUUAUCAAUUGUUCUUUAGGCCUAACUAUACAUAUCGUACAGGGCAAGGAGGUCAAGAUCUCGGUCCCCUGCUAGACGGCGCAGAUGACUGUCAAAUGAUUAAGAAUUCCUAACUAAUAGUUUUGGUUUGAAGACUCGGAAUCUUAAUUUCAAUACCUGAAUCUGGACUCGGAAAAGAUUCAUAAGCUGCAGAUUGUAUCGGAAUUCGAAGAGAUGGGCAAUGCACAGAAGUCUGUUUGAAUGGCUUUACUAGGGGUUGUGAUACUCUUUAAGGGCCAUGAACAUAUGAAUUGAUGCAGUCCGUUUGAACUGGCGAUACCACAUUCUGGUCUAUAUGAGCUGUUGCUUUAAAUGUAGAAGAUAUUGGUUACUGUUUCCAUCUGUGUAUGAUGAUCGUGGACUUGAAGGGAAAACCUCAGAAGGUGUUUUGAUUUUCUAAUGGUUUGUUACCCAAAUUAGGAAUAGGGUGCAAAAAGUGUAUGUAUGAUGGGAAAAGAAAUUUAACUCAAGGUUUGAACUUUUGGUGUUGUAUGUAUUCAAGUUAUUAAAUCUUUUUGUAUCCCUUC